AUGGAUUUAUUUGGAGAACAAUGGGUGAAUAACAAGGUUGAGAACUUAGAAAAUGUUAUACGAUUCUAUGGAGACAAUCAUGACGAAGAAUUUCAACCUAACGACUGCGACGUUAUGAUCGCACAGGUGUUGCCAACAUCUGAUGCACAACAAGUCGUAAUAUCUCUUUGGGGACUCUUAUUGAAAGGAGUAUUCGAUGCUACUCGGAAAAGGAAACGUUGGAUGAAACCAGAACCUGAAAAUUGGAAAGUAAAUAUCGCGAAGAAAAGAAGAUCUGAAGGUUUAACUUAUUCAACGAGAAAAAAAGAUAGGAGGGCUAAAACACCAAAAGAGGUUGACUGUGAGAAAUGUUUCUAUAAAUGUAGUGUGAUCUCUCCAGAAGAAAGAAAUAAUUUAUGUCGUCACUACUGGAGUUUGAGGUAUACCGAGCAAAAGAAUUUCAUUCUCGGUAAUGUGGAAGUAGAUACUCUGAAGAGAGGCAAGAACUCUCUUCGUGGACCAAAGAAACAGCGUCAAUUCACAAAAAGAUGUUUCUUUUUUCACAACGGAGAGAAGAAGCAAGUAUGUCAGAAGUUUUUUUGUUACACGCUAGCUAUUUCUCCGAGUGUUGUGAAUGAUGCUAUUCGAAAGCGGAAUGAUAUGGGGCUAUACAAGGAUAGUGACAAGAGAGGUAAACAUGAACCCCCUAAUAAGACUAAUGAAGCUGAUGUAAACUUUAUGAAAAAACACAUAGAGUCCUUCCCUGUCAUGGAACCACACUACAUAAGGCAAACUUCUAAGCGUCGUUAUCUGGAUGCUUUGUUAUCCAUCACGAAAAUGCAUCAACUUUAUAAAGACAAGUGCACUGAAAAUAAUAUGAUUCCGGUAUCUGAAAUAACGUACAGAAGAAUAUUUUGUACCCAUUACAAUUUUAGUUUUUUUGUUCCAAAAAAGGAUCAAUGUUUAAUAUGCUCCAAUUUCAACAAAGCUAGUGACGACGAAAAACUAGUGUUGUAA